AUGUCGCAACAUGCACAGGCGUCCCCGCCUCCGCCUCCUACGGAAGCGGGAAGACGGGUGGUGCCUAUGAAAGCUAGACGGGGGGGUAUUAGUUUAGGUGGGAAGCGCAAGUUAUCUCAAAGUGAGCUGUUUCGUCGACCGGGAACUAUCUAUCUCCCAUCUCAUUCCUACCACCACCACCACCAUCACCACCAUCGCCACCGCCAACAACAACAACAGUCGUCGCAAAUAGCUUCUGAGAAUGCUCCGGAAGCAUCGACAUCAUCGACAGCAGGUGUGAAAACUGAUGUAUCCACAAACAACCAGCCGAGUGCGAUUGUUCAGUCGGCAUCAUUGGCAGGAGGGUUCUCGCCAGAGCCGGAUUUGGAUGACAGCGAUUCAUUGGAUAAAAGGGCGCAAUCCUUGCUCCAUCAAUUUCUUUGUACCAGCUCAGCGAAGUUGAUGAAAUGGGCAGAUUCUGGGCUGAGGUCAGAGUCAGAGUCGCGUAAUUCCCAAGCACAAGCGGCACGGACUGCUGAUGGUGAAGUUAAGAAGAAUAUUUUUGGUGCUGAGGUUUUUCUCGAGGGAGAAGGAGACAUUGACUCGAAGAAAAUUGUUAAUUCUGAGAAGUUUCAUUCAAAUGAAAGUCUCUCGGGGAGAGCUCACGGUUCUCAAUGUUCUGGUGUUAUGCACAAUAGUAUAGCAACACCCGCAGCAACAACACCAAGGAAUCAUGUCAAUCUACCCAGCAAAAGCAUCCCACCGUUUUCAGGAAUAUCCGCUCAGAAUCAUACGCAGGAUCUGAACAACGAACACAUUGCUGUGUUACCUGAACUGGCUGGCAUUGCCAGCUCCUCUACAGCUUCAAAAAUCCAAAGUGCUCUGUCUGGCUUAGCAACCACAACUCCACCCUCAUAUCCCGUUCCUACUGUUGUUGUACUUCAACGUCCUCCCCCAGAAGUCUUUAUCAAACCAGGUUUACGAGCAUCUUCAACUUCCUUAUCCACAAACCCACCGGAGAAGCAUCCAAGGAAAAAGCCAGGACCAAAGCUUAAAAUGGCCCGUUCUUACUGCAGCACCAGCUCCUUUGUUCCGCCAGAAUGCCCAAGUGAGACUUCUGUACGACGUCCCCGGCGCGCUCGUGCUGCGCCAAUUAAUUACUACGCCAAACGUCCCGGAUUUUAUGGGUAUAAGGAUGAGGAGGAAGGUGAGGAAGAAACACGAGCUCCCGAACCUAUUAAACCACCAGAUGAUAGCCACAAGGAAACCACAUUGAAUGACCAACUCGCUCCAGUUCCUGAAUCUACACGCCCUCCAUUUCGUUCAGAAUACCGCUCUGGUUAUUUGCAACUGGAGAAGUCGCCGUUAACUGAAGUUGUUUCCAAUAUGUUUGAGAAAUACGCUCCGUACUGUUCACAAGAUGCGAGAAAAGGGUAUGGUAAGAGAUGCGAGAAUGAGAAGCUUGACGAAGACGAUCCGGAGGGACAAGUGAUACAUGUAGAUUUCGAUCAACGGGAAAUGGAAGGGCUUUAUCUUACCAUGACAGGAAAAUUACCCGCUGAAUCAGAUGUCCCGCUGCCGGACCAGCUUAUUCAUGCCGCUCGUAAAUUUUUCCCAAAACCGCGAGAGCAAAAGGCCUUGGUUGGGAAGAUUUUCUAUCUCAAUGUCAUUCGCAAGUCCCUGCUUGAGAUAACUGAUAACCCAAUCGCACUCCUGCUUCAUCUGCGUCAGAAAAAUAAUUCAUGGCGUAAAGUCGAUAAAGUACCCAAUGUACAGACAAUAAUGCGGAUCGUUUCUCAUAUCCCUCUAGUUUUCAAUUUGCAGGAGGAACAGCCCAAUCGCGUUCAUUCUGUUCGUUAUAUCCAACAGGCUGUGCAGCGCAUAAGCGACGAUGAGUUUGAUUACUUGGUAUCAGUGCUGCCUCACAUGGACUUUUUCAAAUUUCGCAGAAAACAACAUAUUCGUGCUUUUUUAUCAGACGCUGCACAAGGGCUUAUUUCAUCUACUCCUCACCUUUUACGGGCAAUAUCCUCUAAUGCUGCAUACCCGUCCCCAGAUUACGAUUCCAUGAGGCCUUCAGCUUUACUCCGCGGACGUGAAUUAGGCGAGAGGGUCUAUCGACGGAAGACUCCUAUCAAUCGAAAGCUCCAGAUGAACAAAAGUUUGGAACUCUGGAAGCAUUGGAAAGGCGCGUCGAAUGACGUUGUGGUUCUUGCAUGGUCUCCUGAUGGCACGCGCUUUGCUGCUGGCGCUGCAGCUCAGUCCGAUGAGCAUAAUAUGAUGUAUAACCGGAAUAACAAUUUGCUGCUGGGAGACUUAACUUGUAAUUCAUUGAAAGAACUUCCCGAUCACCGUAUCAUGCGGCCCGCACCGCACAAUGUUACGGACCCCAACCUCUACAUGUCUGUCAGUGCUGUCCAUUGGCGUGAUGAUUCGCUCUAUACUGCCAGCUAUGACAGCACUGUUAAGGUAUGGGACGUCUCGACGCAUUCUGGGGCAAGGUGUGUUAAUACCCUCCGACACCAUGGACGGGUUACUGUUAUGGCUGUAUCGAAAUCCGGCACCGUUGCAACGGGCUGUGAUUCCGCCUCUCAUAUCAAACUCUGGAAUAAAUCCGAAGACGGUCGUGAUUACAGCCCCUUUGAACUGGCGUGUCAUCCGACGAAAAACGUGGAAAUGGUACCCUCUUCCCUGACCUGGGGCCCAUUCUCCGCAGAUAACUUUCUUGUCGCCGGGCUGGCUGGGCGCAACGAUGAGAAUUACAGAAAUGGCUAUCUUGCUGUCUGGCAGAUGGGCGAAGCAGCUCCCGUUCCCUUAGCGGUAUCGCCUAAUUCCCAGAACGUGUUUGACGCGGUGUGGCACCCGACGGAGCGCAUUUUUGCAACUGGUAACUCAGUGCCAUUCACAGUUAGUACGCUGGGUCUUGCGAGGUCGACUCGCUCGAUGGUCCGAGUCUACGACCCGCUGAGAUCUAGGGCUUUGAUAUUCUAUGAAUGUCCGGCGCUUGAUAUUAAUGACGUUACCUUUUGUCCCGCUAAUCCCAAUUAUAUCACCGCCAGCUGUACCGAUGGGGUUACGUAUGUGUGGGAUUAUCGAAAUCCUGGCCAAGUUCUUCACAGACUAUGUCACGGCACACCGAUCUUGGAGCAAAAUACAACUGUUUCUCGAGAACAGCAUGAUACCGGGGUGCGCAUGGCGCUGUGGAGGAAUAACUGGAUCGACCAGUUUUAUACCGGGGGUUCGGACGGCGUUCUUAAGAAAUGGAACAUUCUCAGGGCACCGGAGGAUGUACUUGUUGAAAAUACCGCGAGUUUUGAUCAGGGGAUCAUGUCUGGUGCUUUCUCUCCCGAUUUCACCAACUUACUUGUUGGAGAUAGCUGUGGCAGUAUUCAUGUGAUAUCUAGUGCCCCGUUUUCCCGCGAGGGUGGAGAAACUCUGGUCUAUGAGCCUGCUGAUAAAGACAGAGCCUCGGAGGAUGAUGAAAACCUGGGUACCAAAACUGCACAGGAACUCCUCUCUUCCGGCAAGCUGAGUCGCCAUCCCAUAUUUGGCGUUGGCCAGGGUCCUCGCUAUGACGGUCCAUUUGCCGCCUGGGCAAGGGCUCCAGGAACUCCCAGAGAACUCCUGCCAAGUACGCCUCUACUUCCGGACGUCCGGGCUAUGCAGCUCUAUGGGCCGUCCGUUAGUACUCGUCAUCAACUUGAUAGCGACGGCAAGAAACAACUGUCCGCUCGGAUACGGGUGGCCAUAGCUCAGAACCAGCUGCGAGGGAAAAAUAAACGGAAGGGAAGCGAAGAGGCUGCAGAAGAAGCCGCUACGUUCAGGUCUUCUUCUGCCCAUUCCUCUUCAUCUUCUUUUUCGAGACCUCCCCCUCCUUCAAGGUUUUCUACUAUUUCCCCGUCCCUAUUUGUUUCGCAUAGGUAUGCAGACCAUACGCAUCAGUUCAUCAGCAUGCUCUCGGAUGACGAUGAGCCGGGCCCUUCUGUUUCGUAUGCAUCUUCGUCAUCAUCUUCUAUCCGUUCUUCAUCGCGCUCUACGGCUGCAGUUCGGAUAAGGAGCAAAUUACCGUCGACCAGCGCGAGUGCUAUUGAUCUUACGAUUUGUUCUGAGGAUCACGAGGUUGAGAAGCUAUGCGAGCUUAUGGAGGAUGACUACUGGUGGCCGCGCAGUUGCGAUGUGGAUCCGAAUAUUCGCGCAGAAUAG